AGAGAGGGAACUGAAGGAGAAGGUGGAAGAACAAGCGAGGGGGAGAGAGAGAGAACUGAAGGAGAAGGUGGAAGAACAAGCGAGGGAGAGAGAGAGAGAACUGAAGGAGAAGGUGGAAGAACAAGCGAGGGAGAGAGAGAGAGAACUGAAGGAGAAGGUGGAAGAACAAGCGAGGGGGAGAGAGAGGGAACUGGAAUCUAGACACGUCACCAACACAGAGACACGCAGAUAUUGGGGAAACAGGAAAAGAGAGGUUACACCUAACUCUGCUAUAGAGAGGAGAAGAGAUGAAGAGAGGGAAGAGAUCAAGAGGAGAAGGGAAGAGAUGGAGAGGAAAAGAGAAGAAGAGAUUGAGAGGAGAAGAAGGGAAGAGGGGGAAGAUAUGGAAGAGAAAGUGACUGUGAAACCCUUGGUUAACUGUCUUCAAUCAACACCAACACAACAGCAGCAGCCAAAAAAGCCCCAGAAUGGUGGUCCAGCACUGUUCACAAGGAUCCCUAGUUUCCAUCUGACUGAAGAGGGCGCUAUACUCUCACACCUGUCCGAACUCGAAGCAAAACCAGCCCAGAAAGUUGUUAAUACCUUCUGCCACAGAAUCAACAGCAUUGGAGAGAAGACAACCUCCUACUCUUUACCCUCCUCCUCCUCCUCCUCCUCCCAGUCAGAGUUGCGUGUGGUUCUGCUGGGUAGGUCAGGGUCAGGGAAGAGUGCAGCAGGUAAUAUCAUACUGGGGCGGGAGGAGUUUGUGUCUCGACCAGACAUUACCACAGCCGUCACUCAGGACUGUCAGAAGAGCAGGGCCCUCGUUGCCGGGAGACGGGUGGCAGUGGUGGACACUCCAGACUGGUUCCGCUCCGAGCACCCUCCCGAUGUGGUCCGUUCCCAGCUGUCGUCCUGUGUGGCCCUCUCGGCCCCUGGCCCCCACGCCUUCAUCCUCUGUGUCCCCGUGGACCAACCAGCCCAGGCAGAGCUACAGGCUCUAGGGGCCCUAGAGAAAGUCUUUGGUCCCGGGGCGGUCCGGACCCACACCCUGGUCCUCUUCACUCACUCCGAUCGGUUGAAGGAGAGCGGGAAAGUGGGAGUGGAAGGAGUGGAGAAGUAUAUCUCCAGCCAGAGGAGAGAUUUGUUGGAGUUGGUUAAACGAUGUGGGGAUCGGUAUCAUGUGAUGGAGAGAGGGAGCGGAGGAGAAGAGGAGGAGGAGAGGAAGAGGAGGAGUGUGGGGGAGUUAUUGGAGAAGGUGGAGCAGACGGUGAGAGAGGGAGGAGGAGAGUGUUUCUCCUGUCCGCUCUUCCAGGAGGCGGAGGAUAGGGUGAGACAGAGACAGGAGGAGAUAGUGAGGGAGAGGAGGGGAAGAGGAGAGGAGGUGAAGAGACAAGCGCUUCAUUCCUACUCCAUGCAGCCCUUGAGAGAGACAGAGGAAGAUGUGGAUGAGGAGGAGAACGAGAGAACGAGAGAGGAGGCGGAGAAGAGUGUGAGCGCCCUGGAAUUGGAAAAUCUUCCCUCGCUCUCGUCCUCUUCUGCAUGGUAUUCGUCGCUCCUUCGCUCGGUGUGGGAGAAGGUGGAGGCGGGAGCGAGUAAGGUCCCCAAGCUGACGGCUGGAGGUGCGCUGCUGGGUGGGGUGGUGGGCGUGUUCUUUGGAGGGCCCAUAGGGGGAGCUAUAGGGGCCACUGCUGGAUCUGUGGUCACUGAGGUGGGGAGAAGGAGGUUUAGCCAGACAAAGAACUCAGCAGAAGAGACAGAUGCCACAGGGAGAAUAGAAGGAGAAAUCUUGGACAAGGUGUUGAAAACCGAGUGAGAGAGUCAGAUCCACACACGUUGAUAUAUGAGAGAUUAGAGGUUUCUACCUAUGAUAUAUAUCCACAGGUGAUUGCCUGUGACCGCGCAGACGUUGUAUAUAUAUCUGUGAUUAUAAACUGGGUUGGUCGAGCCCUGAAUGAUGAUUGGCUGACAGCCGUGGUAUAUCAGACAGUAUACCACGGGUAUGACAAACAUUUAUUUUUACUGCUCUAAUGACGUUGGUAACCAGUUGAUAAUAGCAAUAAGGCACCUCGGGGGUUUGUGAUAUAUGGCCAAUAUACCAUGGCUAUAUACUACGUUGCAUCGUGCCUAAGAACAGCCCUUAGCCGUGGUAUAUUUUACAUAUACCACACCCCCUCGGGCCUUAUUGCUUAAAAAUAAUGUUGGUAAUAUUGUAUAUCUGUGAACAUAAUGUUGGUAACAUUGUACAACAUAUACUGAUGUGUAAGUUGUUUUGCGGCAAAUACCGGUUCUCAUUGACUAUUUCAAUGUUUUGUUGUAUUUCUUUUCCAGCUAUUACAAUUAUGACUUGUUAAAUAACUCACAUGUGCUACAUCAUUAUUAUUCAAAUUACAUUCAACAUGGUUUCUUUAAAUGUUAAUCCGUUUAUUAAUGCUAAUAAAACACAUUGCAUGAUAAUAUCAUUCAGUUGGGUUUGAAGGCCUACAAUAUGUAAAGUUGGUCCUGCAAAUAUGUAAUAAAACCCAGAGGGGAGGCAGAGGCAAGGGGGUAUUAUCUCCAUGUCCCAGACUGCUUUGCCUCACCCUCCAGGCCUCUUGUAUCAGUAGGACUGGAUAGAGCAGGUCUAGGACACCAGCCCCUACCACACCAACCACCUCUCCUCUGUGUGAUCUGAUCCUCAGGGGCCUCCGUAGUUCACCCUACAAGCUCUCACAGUCUCACGUCAGAAUUAGACGUUCAUCCAUGUUUCUCAAAGUGUUUGAGGUUGAGUUUAGGCGUUAACUCCAAAUUCUUAAGGUUAGGCAUUCAUCCUGAAUGGUUCAUGCAACGAUUAAGGUUUGGCAUAGGCUUAAAACAAAAUAUCAAAAACAACUUUAUAUCACUGGAUUCGAACAUGCAACCUUUGACCCUUUGGAACCACAGGCAGAUGCUUAUGCUCAUCUACAAUGCCCUAGAAAAGCCAAAACCUACUUUACGGUAACAGCUGUUGGGCGGCACGGAGGGAGCCGGCCGUGGAGCGCACCACUGUUGGCCUGCACGGAGGGAGCCAGGGCCAGGUUGGCACGUCAGAGAUGGAGGCUAGAGGCAGAGGCAAUAGGGUUAUGUAACCAGUCCUUCCUGUUGUGUCAGAGCGACCGGGUGUGGUGGGGGGUCUGAGAGAGAGAAAGGGAGAGGGAACGAGGGCCUUUGUGGCUGAUUUUCUCUUAUUUCCGGCUCUUUUUUUGCCCUUCCCUCUCUCCCCUCUUCCAUGCAUGUAGCGGUUGAUUGCACCACAACAACUUAAUGGCUGUAGAUGAGACAGCACUAACUGUAGAGCCAUUUCCUGGCCACCUGAUAACUGGAGACACGCAGCCAACCUGGGGGAAAGGGUUGAGGGGGACACCAACUAGGGCUGGGAGAUAUCGGCAACAUUUUUGACAGUAUUUGACCUUUUUUUAUAAUAAAAGUUCUAAAUAUGCUUCAUGAGUAGUGCAGGACCGUAGGUAGGGUGGCAACAAAUACAUUCUAGGUGGUUUCAACGGGGCUGUUUAAUCAAACUUCAUCCUAACAUUAUUUUCAGCAUUUUCAUCCAUUUCUGCGUUUUCUUCAUUCGUGUACCACUUUAUCAUCUCUCCUCGCUGUACCACUUUAUCAUCUCUCCUCGCUGUACCACUUUAUCAUCUCUCCUCGCCGUACCACUUUAUCAUCUCUCCUCGCUGUACCACUUUAUCAUCUCUCCUCGCUGUACCACCUUUGUUUUGUCUUUGUGUGCCUCCAUGUUGUGAAAAAGUUACUUUUUCUUUAUCAGAAUAAUUAUUCUACUAGGUUUCCAUAACUAGGUUUCCAUAACUAGGUUUCCAUAACUAGGUUUCCAUAACCAGGUUUCCAUAACUAGGUUUCCAUAACUAGGUUUCCAUCCCAUAUGCACAUUUUCCCACCAGUGUUGUGUCUCCACCAAACUGACUUGUUGAGGAUAAAAAUCAGUGUGUGAUGACGUAGUGCACAAAAACAUGUAUUUUUCGGUUAAGGUUUCUUGUACUGAAUAAAAAUUGAAAGUUCAA